UGUUUUCGCGGUGGCAGCCAAACGAGCCCCUCGAAGAACGAACUGGUGCAAGGCGGUGUCAGCUUUUCGUUAAUAAUUAACUAACACUAAUAUCCUUUAUCCUUUCGUUGGGUGUUAUGUCACUUUCACAGUGUUCACUCGAUUCACAGAACCCACUUGCGGAGCACUGCACGACUGUCGAUCAACUAAAACAAACUCCACUAAUUACUGACCUUUUUGUACUUGUCGCACUCGUAUAUUUUGUAUACUUUUGUGGCUCAUAAAUUGUUUAAAUAUUGAACAAUUGCUUGAAAAUGGAUGUAUGUAGCUAAACGUUGAAAAGGAAUGGCACACCCCAGGGCGCCCCAUCGAUAAGAUAUAGAGUCAUAGGAAAUCCGCAAUCGGAAUUACCCGGAGGAAGCGAGAUUGUGGCAGAUGCGUCACGGGUCAGUGGGUGUGGCAAUGGGUGGCUGGCACAAUUAGCAUACCCCUACUACGAAGGGUUUACUCAUGUGCUCGGGGAAAAAACCCCGAAAAAUACCUUCGAAAAUAUGCGUACCUUUUUCACCUGAACUUCUGGCUACCUGAGUUCGUUGCCUAAGUCUUUUGUUAGUUCGUCCUGAAAUGAUGCGCUCUUCGUGAAAGAGUAUCGCGAUUGUAGUGAACUUACCCUUUGAUGACAGAUCAAUGGCCGAACAAUAUAUAAACGGUUCUUUGUCUGCUAGACGUUCAGAUUAUCGCGGCGUACUUAUAGAAGUUGGCGAUACUGCAAUAAUCGCAAUGGAAAUCUAUAAAGCCGCGUGUAUGCGUAGAAAAAUUGCAGUUUUAUAAAAUGAAUAAGGCAAUGUACUUCCAUCUGCUCACUGUUUUGCUGGCUGUACUGUUAUCAGCGAAUAGUACUCCACUGGAGCCAAAUGCGGAAAAUGCAUGCGAAUUUAUCAGAAAUGUGGCCAAAUUUCCAGACGAUGAGAAUGACUGGUGGGAAAGGAGUAAAAGUUUAGCCAAUUCUAUUUUGGAUACUAAAAUCAGAUAUACCGAAUCAUAUCGUUCCUGUAAGGAAAAAGUUGCUUCCCUGCAAAACCUUAAAAAUCGUGGAAAUGACUUAAGUGCAUCCAGUCCUUGGGCACAAAGAAUUGAAUAUCUCAACGCAUCCUCGCAGGAAUAUCAAGGUGGUCCUUGUUCUGAUGGGGAACCGUACAUUUUUACAUAUUCAACAGACAUCAAAAACAUGAAAAACGAUAUACGUGAAUUAAGUCAAAGUGUGAAAGAUCAAAACGAAUAUCAUAAUUUCGUGGCACAAAUUGAUACAAAUGUGGAUACGAUAAGAAAUGCUCUAGCUAAUUUCUCUAUUCCCACGCUGACGUAUUUAACACGGUUUCCUUUAAAAAAGUGUACUCUCCCCAAUUAAUGAAACCACAUUUAUAAAAGCUUUGUAAAAGAAUAUCGAGAGAAUAAAUAGACAUAUACUAUUUAUUACAACUGCUACAUUGCAUAAUUUAACGUUAAGAAGUAUAUAAUACUAUUAUACUGUAAUGCACAAUAUAGCAAGACAUCCAUGGUCGA